CUCAUUGUCCUAUAACACUUUUGCUAAUAACCAACAAGGCGACAUCGAACGGACUACCACAUUGCGAUCAUGAGCGCCAAUGGCAACACCGACGGCGACCAGCUAAAGAAGCAGAUGACCAAUGGCCAGCAGUCCUACGAAGAUCCUUCGCGCGCACUCGAGGUCUUGAAGACAUACCGGGCCAAGGAUGGCAUCUCUGUGCAAGAAUUGAUGGACGAGAACAAGCAGGGCGGUCUCACAUACAAUGACUUCCUGAUGCUGCCCGGGUACAUUGGCUUCCCUGCCGCCACGGUUGAUUUGACCUCGAAGUUGACGCGCAACAUCACACUCAAGACUCCCUUCACAUCCUCGCCCAUGGACACCGUCACGGAGCACAACAUGGCCAUUCACAUGGCACUUCUGGGAGGUGUUGGUGUCGUCCACCACAACUGCUCGGUUGAGGAGCAGGCAGAGAUGAUUCGCAAGGUCAAGCGUUUCGAGAACGGCUUCAUCACCGACCCAAUUGUGAUCUCACCCGAGACAACAGUAGGAGAGGCUAUCGCGUUGAAGGAGCAGUGGGGAUUCGGCGGUUUCCCGGUCACAGAGUCUGGACAGCUUCGCAGCAAGCUCAUCGGUAUCGUCACACCCCGAGACACUCAAUUCCACUCCGACCACGAUGCACCCGUUACCGAUAUCAUGUCCCGCGAUCUCGUCACUGCACCCCAAAAUGUGUCCCUCUCAGAAGCCAACGAGAUCCUGUACAAGAGUAAGAAGGGAAAGCUUCCUAUUGUGGACGGACAAGGCAACCUCAUCUCUCUGCUCUCCCGCAGCGAUUUGAUGAAGAACCUGAACUACCCUCUUGCGACGAAGGUUCCUGGCACUAAGCAGUUGCUUGCUGCUGCUGCCAUUGGUACCCGCGAGAACGACAAGGAGCGUCUCACCGCGCUCGUCGAAGCUGGUCUUGACGUUGUCAUCCUUGAUUCCUCCCAAGGAAACUCUCUCUACCAAAUCUCCAUGAUCAAGUGGAUCAAGGAGAACUACCCCAAGCUCGACGUCAUCGGUGGCAACGUCGUCACCCGUGACCAAGCUGCAGCUCUCAUCGCCGCCGGCGUUGACGGGCUCCGCAUUGGCAUGGGCGCUGGCUCCGCUUGCAUCACCCAGGAAGUCAUGGCCGUUGGCCGGCCACAAGCCACCUCCGUCUUCCGCGUAGCUGAAUUCGCUGCUCGCUUCGGCAUCCCUUGCAUCGCUGACGGUGGUAUCCAAAACGUCGGACACAUUGUCAAGUCGCUCGCGCUCGGCGCCAGCACGGUCAUGAUGGGUGGUCUCCUUGCCGCUACGACCGAAUCCCCCGGCGCCUACGUCGUCGGACCAGACGGUCAGCUCCGGAAGACUUACCGUGGAAUGGGAUCCAUCGAUGCUAUGGAGGACAAGAAGGCAGGAGGCAAGGGUGACAAGGCGAACAACACCGCCAAAAACGCUGGCACAGCACGAUACUUCUCCGAGGGCGACAGGCUGCUCGUCGCGCAGGGUGUGUCUGGCUCCGUGCUUGACCGCGGCAGUGUUACCAAGUUCCUGCCUUACCUCAUGGCUGGCGUGCAGCACUCGCUGCAAGACGUUGGAAUUGACAGUCUUUUGAAGUUGCAGGAGGAUGUCCGGGCUGGCGAUGUGCGAUUUGAGUUCAGGACUGCGAGCGCGCAGGCCGAGGGCAAUGUGCACGGCAUGGUCGGUGUGGAGAAGAAGCUGUACAGCUAG